AAGAACUACUUCACGAUGAAAUCGGUUUUAGUAACUGGUGCAAACAGAGGCUUAGGCCUUGGAAUGGUAAAAUUUCUACUGAAAAACGACAAAGUAGAAAAUGUCUUCGCAACCUGUCGCAAUGUUUCAGAGGAGCUCAAAUCAUUUUCUCAUGAACAUAAGAAACUACACAUAUUGACAUUAGAUGUAACAAACUACGAAAAAUUAGAUGAUGUAGCUAUGCAAAUAAAAAAAGUUGUGGGAGACCGUGGUCUCAACGUAUUGAUAAACAACGCUGGAGUCACCACACGAUUCACUAAACUGAAUCUAGUAAAAGCAGAUCAGCUUUUGGAAAAUCUUUCUGUUAAUACAAUCGCACCAAUUUUACUCACUAAGGCCUUAGUUCCAUUAUUAAAACAAGCAGCUGUUACCAAUUCUGCAAAACCCAUUGGCGCGCAAAAAGCUGCGGUCAUUAACAUGAGUUCUAUAUUAGGAUCCAUAGCUCAAAAUGACCAAGGAGGUUUCUAUCCAUACAGAUGCUCAAAGGCAGCUUUAAAUGCGGCAACUAAAUCUAUGAGUAUUGACCUAAAGAAAGACGAAAUUCUUGUUGCUUCUAUACACCCAGGGUGGGUCAAAACUGACAUGGGUGGUAAAAAUGCACCUCUCGAUGUUGAUACGAGCAUUGCGGGCAUCCUUAAAACCAUCGACAAUUUAAGUGAGAAAGACACUGGGAAAUUCUUUCAAUAUGAUGGCUCUGAGUUGCCAUGGUAAUGGAACAUUUGCGGAAAUUCGAGGAAAAGUCACAAUAUAAUAUGUUAUAAAAUCUUUACGAUGUAUUUUCUAAUUCUUUAUAUUGUUAAACUAUAGUUAAGUAUAUAUAUAUAUAUAUUAUAUAUAUACUUAACUAUAGUUUAACAAAGUUGUGUAAGUUUAGUUUCUUUUCAGAUGUGAUUUAGUUUAUAUUUAUUUCAAAUGUACUUCUGUUAAAUGCAAAAAGCGUACUUACCCUCCCAAAGAGGUUUUAUUGUUUCUUUUAUUAUUGCUGCAUGGACAGUUAAAUUUGGAUGUGUAUUUCCUGUAACCAGACAAAUUAGACGUCAGACGAGAUAAACUCGUCAGACAAUAGAUGGUACAUAUUUUAAUAAAAUUUCUAUAAAGAAUGAA